AUGAAGAUAAACGUAACGAAACCGCUCAAAUGGGCUCAAUGGACCACCUACAUCCUUGUCUUCCUCUUCCUAGACGUAAUAAUCAUGGGCCCCCUAUCCUGUCUCAUAUUCCAUGAUUUCUACCAUUACUUGAUCCCAAACGAUGCAUCACAAACUUUCCCACUCUCCAAAUUCCAAAAAAUCACACAGGAGAAGGGAUUGGUUCAAUUCAAACAAUCCAUCAAGAGAAUCCCACAUGAAUCUGCUCAAUUACCCAUCUUAUCCAACAAUGGAAUCCCAGAACCUAUCCCGCUCCGCGAUCACGUCAAUUACAUAAUGGAUUUACGGUUACAAUUGUUCUGUAGGACACACCAGGGCGAGUUCCCCUCUACUCCACUCACGGUAUCACUCAGUUCUAAUGUGGGGAGGGGAACCCCGCUAUACGUGAAGGAAUGGCAAGUCGUUUGCAUGAGACCCGGAGCAGAUAUAUAUGAGAGGGAACUGUAUUCUGAUGCAAAGACCCAUGGGAAUAGAAGGGCUGCGUUUGAGAGGGAAUGGGUUAAUACCGUCCAUUGGGAAGAUGUCAUUUCUUUACCACCAGAUACGAAACAUUUGACAUUGUCUGUGGAGAAGAGAGGUGCGGUGGAAUUGCUUUUCAAGAUGGAUGACGACGAUGACGGGUCUGCGGUACAGAUAAGAGAAACGUUUAUACAGGGGUUAAGAUAUUUGAUGGUCAAGCAUCGUUUGUUGGCCUAUUUGUUUGGAUGUAUUGUGUGCUAUGUGGUAUUGUCGUUGAUGUUCUUAUUUACUAGUGUGGCUACUUUUACCUUUGUCAGUUCCCGCAUUGUGAAAAUGAAAACUGAUUGA